UUCACAACAAUGCCCCGUUUGGUCCUGUCCGGCUCGGUUCGGUAUCACCGAGUUUAAGGUGUUUUGUUGCUGGGAAGAUCCAGUCCUGCCUCACCUUCCUGCAACCUCACCCUCACAGACAAACCCCGCCCAGCCAAUCAAAAAAAUCCCACUACGCGUCGCGAGGCAGGUCUGUCCGCCGGCAGCCAAUCACGUGAGGCGGUUCCGGAACGGGCGCAGGGAGCUGAGACAGACCGAGUGACAGCGUCUGAGUCCCGGGGAAGAGCUUCACGGAACCUCCGUGGAAAAACCCUGCAAGAUGCCGAACAAAACCAAGAAGGAGAAGGAAACGACCAAAUCAGCCAAAAGCAGCUCGAAGAACAGCAACAGCGGCGGGAAGGAGGCGGUGGAGAACUCUGAGGAGCAGCAGCAGAGCGGCAGUAAACGUCCCAGCAACAGCACGCCUCCGCCCACCCAGCUCAACAAGAUCAAGUACUCUGGAGGACCUCAGCUGGUCAAGAAGGAGCGCCGCCAGAGCUCCUCUCGCUUCAGCCUGACCAAGAACAGAGAGCUGCAGAAGCUACCAGCCCUCAAAGAUGCGCCCCCUGUGGACCGGGAGGAGCUGUUCGUUCAGAAGCUGCGUCAGUGCUGUGUUCUGUUCGACUUCGUCAGCGACCCACUCAGCGACCUCAAGUACAAGGAGGUGAAGAGGGCGGGGCUUAACGAGAUGGUGGAGUACAUCACGCACAACAGCGACGUGGUGACCGAGUCCAUCUACCCCGAAGCCGUGAUCAUGUUUUCAGUCAACCUGUUCCGCACUCUUCCUCCGUCCUCGAACCCGACCGGAGCCGAGUUUGACCCUGAGGAGGACGAGCCGACGCUGGAGGCGGCCUGGCCUCACCUGCAGCUGGUGUACGAGUUCUUCCUCCGGUUCCUCGAGUCUCCAGACUUUCAGCCAAACGUUGCCAAAAAAUACAUCGACCAAAAGUUUGUUCUUUCGCUGCUGGAGCUGUUUGACAGUGAGGAUCCCAGAGAGAGAGACUUCCUGAAGACCAUCCUCCACCGAAUCUACGGGAAGUUCCUCGGCCUGCGAGCCUACAUCCGCCGACAGAUCAACAACAUCUUCUACAGGUUUAUCUAUGAGACAGAACAUCACAACGGGAUCGCAGAACUGCUUGAGAUCCUGGGCAGCAUCAUUAACGGCUUCGCUCUGCCACUGAAAGAAGAACACAAGAUGUUCCUGAUCCGAGUUCUGCUGCCGCUGCAUAAAGUCAAGUCUCUGAGUGUCUACCACCCUCAGCUGGCCUAUUGUGUGGUCCAGUUCCUGGAGAAGGACAGCAGCCUGACAGAGCCAGUGAUCAUGGGUCUGCUGAAGUUCUGGCCGAAGACUCACAGUCCGAAAGAGGUGAUGUUCCUAAACGAGUUGGAGGAGAUCCUGGACGUCAUCGAGCCGUCGGAGUUCGUUAAAGUUCAGGAGCCGCUGUUCCGGCAGCUCGCCAAGUGUGUCUCCAGCCCACACUUCCAGGUCGCAGAGAGAGCUCUGUAUUACUGGAACAACGAGUACAUCAUGAGUCUGAUCAGUGACAACGCUGCUAAGAUCCUCCCCAUCAUGUUCCCCGCACUCUACAAGAACUCUAAGAGCCACUGGAACAAGACGAUCCACGGUCUGAUCUACAACGCUCUGAAGCUCUUCAUGGAGAUGAACCAGAAACUGUUUGAUGACUGCACACAGCAGUACAAAGCUGAGAAGCAGAAAGAGAAAUAUAAGCUGAAGGAGAGAGAGGAAAUCUGGCACAAGAUAGAAGAACUGGCCCGACAGAACCCUCAGAGCAAUCAGCUCCACCCCCUCCGCCCAGGACUCCACCCACAAGACCAGUACCUGCUGUACACUGAUGCUGUCGCUGUGUACUCGAUGGAAACAGAGACUCCAACAGCUGAAGACAUCCAGCUGCUGAAGAAGACUGUAGAGACUGAAGCCUCACAGGGUGUGAAGGACCUGAGGAAGGAGAAGGUUCUGAUGAGGAGGAAGUCAGAGCUUCCUCAGGAUGUUUACACCAUCAAAGCUCUGGAGGCUCAUAAGCGAGCUGAGGAGUAUCUGACAGCCAAUCAGGAGGCUCUCUGACCGGGGGGGGCGGCGCCCUCCGAGCCCGACCCCGCCCUCCUCUGGUGCGUGUCGGCGGGGCGGUCCUGGGUGGGAUGAGGACGGACCGACGCCCCCCAGAGGCCGACACCUGUAGGACACGUAGAAGCUCCGUCCCCGUCAACGUGUGUCCACUGUGAUUGGACAUCAGCUUCAUAUUGCACUAACACCUCCACCUGCUUCACCUGCUGCACCGCCCAUCAGCGCCGCCUUUUCCCCGCAGAGCUCUGUAUUUAAUCUGAAGGUUCUUUUAAAUUCGGUAGAACUCAGUAGAACGUCUGCGGUCCUCGGGGCUCUGGGUGGAAAACGCUCCUCACUCUGUACCUGAAUGCACUGCAGGUGACUCACGGAGGACUCCGCCCCUUCGCGUGAGCCGACCAAUCACCUGCAGCCUGGAGACUGAAGCAGCUUCAGUGAAUGUAGACGUCAGGAAGCCCCACCCCCCGCUCUGACGCCGCCAGCUUCAGCCAAUCAGAGGAGGCGUUCCCCGUCAUGUGAAUGUUUGUGUCAGAGCGACGUUCCAUCCUCCGCCCAUCAGAAUGUUCCAACGUUCCAUUCUCUGCCCGUCGGCAUGGAGACGGAUGACGACUCGUUCAAACCGCUGAUUUUAACUUUGUCGGUUUUUUUCGUUUGUUUUUGGUUUUCUGUAUUUUUUACCAAAGUCUCAAUUCUCUAAAUGUUGGAAUGUUUUUGUGACCUUUGAUGUAAAUUCUUUUUCCAGUCUUGAUGCAGAAACAAACAUUAGAAGAACCUGAAGUUUGAUUAAAACCAACGAUAAACAGGAAGUAAAACCUUUAGUUGUGUUGAUUGAAUCCGUUUGUCAGAAUUUACUGAAGACAAGAUUCUAAAUGUUUCUCAGCAUCUUUAUUUUUUUCCUAAAGCAACCAAACAAUUCAUUUGCUGCGAUCUGAUGACCUCACAGUUUGAUGACUUCACGGCUCGAUGCGUUUUUUGUUGAUUCUUUCAGAACAUUCUGCCUGCAGUCGUUCCGUACCGUGCUGUAUAUCGACUGACCACGCCCCCUCUGCACUUUUUGUAUUUAGGUCUUUUUUAUUGGCUUGUUGUCGCUCCUCUUCCUGUCUGUGGGCGUGUCUAACCGUUCCAGAGGGGAAGCCCCGCCCCCAACACGAAGUUUAUCUAGAAACUGAAUUGUGCAUUUUUCAGUUUUUAUUUAAACGGCAGGAAUGAGCGGCUUCAUUCCAAACGCCAUCUGCAGAUGAUGCGAGGACGUUUUCCUCAAGUCUGGAGCUGAAACUAAACAGAUUUCUAACAGGAAGUAGUUUGGAUCCUGAAGCAGAACCACAGAAACCUUUCAAUCACUUCAUGGAUGUAAAUGUUGUUUCUGUCUAGGUGCGGCCAAUCGAUCGAUUGAUCGGCACUAAACGAGCUGCUUCCCGUCAUGUGUACAGAUGUUUAAUGAGCAUCACAUCGUAUGAAGUCUGAUUUUGUACAGAUGUUCAUGUAUGUACAGAAAUAAAAACCAUCCAGUCAA